CCUACUCACCCCCACUCACCACCCCUCCAGGUGUUCUCUGGCAUGGUGAGCUCCUGGUACACGUGGAAGGCUCUCAACUUCCCCUACUCACCCCUACUCACCCCUACUCACCCCUACUCACCCCCUACUCACCCCCUACUCACCACCCCUCCAGGUGUUCUCUGGCAUGGUGAGCUCCUGGUACACGUGGAAGUCUCUCAACUUCCCCUCUGCCGCAUGUUCCCUCCCCCCUCGCCUCGACGCGCUCUGCGCCCUCCGCCGCCUCGCCCGUCGCGAGGGCACCGAGAUGCUGGAGGCCCACUCGCCGUUCCCCUGGCCGGGAGCUCUGCCCAACGUCUCGCUGGCCCAGGGCGCGGUGGACGGCCCCUGGAGGAGCUGCGCCGUCGUGGCCAGCGCCGGGUCGCUGCUGCACGCCGAGCUGGGGGAGGAGAUUGAUUCGCACGAUGCGGUGAUGAGGUUCAACGCGGCGCCAACCGCGGGCUUUGAACGCCACGUGGGGAGCAAAACGACGAUCCGACUCAUCAACACCAAGAUCGUGACUCAGAGGAAGUACAAAUUCAGCUCCAGUCCCCUCUACCGCAACGUGUCCCUCGUGCUGUGGGAAACUCCACCUCGGCCCUGUAACAUCACUACGUGGUACGCCAGGAACAAUGCGCGAUUCUUCUCGCUCUACGCGUCGCUGCGCCGCGGGCGUCCCGGGCAGCACUUCGCGCUCAUCCCGCCGUGCUUCCUCUGGGGCCUCUGGGAUCUGCUGCAGAGCAACGCGGGCACGGCCAAAAUCCGGAGGACGUCGCCAUCCUCCGGCUUCCUCGGCCUCAUGUUCAUGGUGACUUUGUGUGACGAGGUGACCGCCUACGACUUCGUCCCGUCGAUGAACCGCGCCUCCCUCCUCUGCCACUACUUCCAGCGCGGCUCCGGCGCCGCCUGCUCUCUCGGAGGGUUCCACCCCCGGGGUCACGAGAAGCUCCUGGCCCUGAGGAUGUCCUCCAGGACUCCCAGGGAGGCCUUCGAGAGCGGGCUCCUCAAGCUGCCCGGAAUCAACGGACUCAGCUGUGGCGAUGAUGGUGAUGGUGGUGGUGAUGGUGGUGGUGAAGGUGGUCGUGGUGGUGAUGAUGGCCGUGGUGAGAACGGGCAAUAAGUGGACAGAUGAAGAGUGGAUGGAUGAGUUGAUGGACAGGUGAGUUGAUAGAUGUGUGGAUGGAUGGGUUGGUGGAUAGAUCGUCAUCUAUCCACCAACUCAUCAAUAGCUGUGUCUAAUGACCAUCUACUAGCUGUGUCUAAUGACCAUCUACUAGCGGUGUCAGGUGACCAUCU